GAGGAGGAGGAGUCAGGCUGAAUGAAGCUAUACAAACAUAGGGAGGGCGUGACCGCGCGAUAACGCAACCUAAAUAACGUCUUUCUGAACCUACUGAGGCGAGAGCGUAACCCACUCCCGACUACCAUUACGAACUCCACCGCUGCUAAAACUUCGCUAACCCGUUUGGCUGCCAAUCUUGAAGGAGUAAAGGUUGUGUAGUGAGUACAAGCGUUCGAUUCCCUGUCCGCACUUAUCAGUUGGGCGUAAGAGUUGCUUGCUUUCAGACGCUUCUAUCGAUUUCUGGAGUCUGUGACGUCAGGCGGUCGUAAAAUUGGGACGGUAGCUAUGCAAGUGAUCAAAGUGCAGUUACAAAGUAUUCAGUGACAUUACCGUAGCGAGCUUGCGUACUCUCCGCUAUCUCUCAUUCCCUCCCUCCCUCGUUCACCCCCUGUCAGGCGGCUGCCAAGAAUGUCAGACCGGCGGGACGCGGUGCUGCCAGACGUGACUCCUGCGCCCGCCAGCCCCGUUAGAGUCACAUGCCGGUCCGCUAUAUAUACCCUCCGCGCGUUGUAGCAGCUCCCCAGUCGAUUACCGGAGAUUCUCACAAGGCUACGUUGCGCCUCUGUGGGAUUAACAUUACUACUAACGCAAAAAUUAAGUGUCAGCCGUGACGGUAGCUGGCGACGGCGUCCCCCGAACCCCCGCACCGCGCCGCGCCCUUCACCGCACUUUCACGGCAGCUCUCAGCCCGCACGUCAGCCAGUCUUGUGCACAGGGGAGGGAGAGACAUCCCCUUUAACUUCCUCUCCGUGUGCCGCCGGUAAAGUUACUCACAGCGGUACAGUAACACGGUAUACGCGACACGGUGUCUGAGAAGCGCUGCGUUGACCGUCAGCCGUGUCCCCGAGUCACUUCGCCGCACUCUGCCCGCGUCCAGCCUUGCAUAGGUGGACUCCCGUGAGGCAGAGAGGUCUUUGGUGCGUUUUGCGCUUCCCCCUAACGUUUGGACGCCCGCCAGACACAGACAACCCGUAGCCACCAUCAUGAUGCAAGUUAGCACCCUAUACGCGCAGUCUCUGGAGAGGCAGCUGGUCUCCCGCCGCUCCCAACUCAUCAACUUCUCCCGCUCCAGCUGUGGCGGCCAGGUUGACUCCAGGCGAAAGCCCGCUGACACCGCCGCCAUGCUGGACCCGCUGCCGCCGCGACACCCGUCCAUGAGGAAGGACGACGACCACGACCCCAGGGAGUGUACGGACCGCCUCUGCCGCCUACCCUCGCAGAACCGCGGCGGCCACUUGCUCGGCUCACCGCGCCGCCAGCACUCCUCAGCCUCCGUUGCCUCCGCCACCCGCCUCACGCAGUCCACCGGGAACCUGUCCGUGCAGUCCGACCUCACCCUUCUAAAGAAGAAGGAAACGGAGCAGGCUGUAGGAUCCCCGCCGCAGCACUCCCCGGUCAUGGACAAAAAGGCCGCUAAGAAGGCGAAGGAGAAGAAGGAGAAGGAAGCCAAGAGGACGCCUUCGAACUUCAUGCUCCUGACGCCGUGGUUCACGCGGCAGAACUGCGAGAAGCUGCUGUCCCAAGUGCGUUCCGGCGACAUCUUCGAGUUCAACAUCAAGCUGCACCACCAUUGGGGCAUCGCCAUCCUCCCCAAGAACAAAAAACCCAGCCUCGCCAACCUUGAACUCGCCCAUCUACUUCGCGACAAGGACGGACGGCAGCGGGCAGUUCGGCAGCCUCUGAAGGACUACUGGCACGAGGGAGUAACUGCAAGGAUAAAUAACUCCCGGGAUGUCCAUAAACCACCUCUGCCUGCCGGUGAAGUGACGUCAGCUGCUCUAAAGCUUAUCGUCCAGCCUUACCGCGUGUGGCAGAACUCGGAGCAAAUGGUGGUGUCCUGCCGCUAUGGGGAUGGCCAGAGGGCACGCCAGCUCAGUGAUGCAGCCAGGUGGGGAUCGCUGAGCAGGUGCGUGGGGCUGUGGCUGACGCUCACCUCCUCCACUCAUACAUCCCCGACAGGCUCCCCGGGGCCGCUCAGAAAAAGAACCGUCUCCGUCAACUUCUGAUCAGCCGCCGCGAGCCGUCCUUCGUGAGUCUAGGCUGGAGAUUGAGGGUUGGUCGCUGUCCCUGUCGCGUCUGUCUGGCAGGUUCAGCGGCACUGUACGUCUGUCUGUCUUUCCGUCUCGCUGUAAGUUCUUCACCUCUGGCUGUGUUGCUAUCUUGUUUGGCUGUGUUUGUGUCACUUGAGGAGGACAGGAAAACAUCAAUAGCAGCUUUAGAUGGUCUCAGUUUCAAGAGUGAUAUAAAUACAGUGAAAGAGGAACGAUACUUUUGUUCUUGUCUUUUUUAUUGUGUUUAUUUCACUUGAGCAAGACAGGAACACGUCAAUAGUGGCUUAAAGUUUUGGAUGGUCUCAGUUUUAGGGGUGACAUUAAUGCAGUGAAAUAGAAAUGAUACUGUUGUCGUUGUCUUUUCAUUGCAUUUGUCACUCGAGCAAGCCAGGAACAAUACACUAGCAGCUUCUUUCUCUUUGUAAGUGAUUUCAAGAGUGACAUGAAUAACAGUACAAGAAGCGACACUGCAGGCUGAAGGACUUGCGGUUAUCUUGAGUUUACCAAAAAAUGAAGAAAACGUGAGGAAAUUCACGUUAAUUCACUGAUUUCAAAACUGGACUGUAGCUACGUAGAGUUAGCAUAUAUUUCGAAGCAUAAAUUAUAUAUAUUUUGGAUUAUACUUUAAGAUAGAGAUAAAAAAGUGAGUUCUUUGUGUGAUUGGAGAAACACGGGAAUACGGCUUCUUCUACACUGGUUACACGGAAACUUAACUAACGUACGCACUAAUGUAGUUGUGUACGUAGCAUAGAUAUGUACGCAUGCGUGUGUGUCAGCGUUGCACAGUGAAAUGACGGAUUGAGGAAACGUUUAUGAGUGUUGGAAUGUCGCGAGCAGCCAAAGGAAAGGAGAGACAGAUCAACAAGUCAAUAAACUCCAACGAUCAUGUUUCUAUGUGGUCUUGAGGUCUUGGUUCUCCCAUCGACCUUCCCCUCCCUUGGUGUGUCUGUGCGUUGGUCUCCUCCCUUAUCAGUCCCCUAAGCAACGUGACUGAUGACAACCCGGCGCCUCUGUUAAGAUAAGCCUGCACUUCGUUCUCUCUCCCUCGUGACCGUUGCACUGAAAGAGUCGAAGUCUAAAUACGAAUGGUUUUGAAUGCCUUUCCAGUCACAGAAGCAACUUGACAGGGUGUUGUGAAUCCCAUUGAGAUAGGAUCAUGAAGUUACCUUUGGAGCAUUGCUCUGAAAGAGUCAAGUCCGAAUGCAAGUAGACUCGAAUGCCUUCCCAGCAACAGAAACAACUUGACAAGGUGUUGAGUCCCAUUGAGAUAGGAUCAUGAUCUUCCCCUUAUGAAACAUAGGUGAAGGGUCAAAGUCUGAUUAUAAAUGGGUUUGGAUUCCUUCCCAGUUUCAGGAACAACAUGACAGAGGGUUGAAUCCCAUUGAGAUAAGGUCAUGUUUUGUCCUUAAGACAAAAAAGAUGGGGAGCUUAAAAUCUGAUUAUUCUUUUAUGUAAACCUCCAAUAAUUGCCCUUCCCGGAUACCCCCAAGCCUAGAUCUGUGUGUGUUUGUGGAUGUAAUUGAUGCAGAGCUAUAGUACAUUUGGGACGAACGUAACGAAACAACAAAAUAAUCAAAAUGGAAUAUCAAAACUAGUCGAGUCAAAUCAAAUAGGCGUUUACUGGUGCUUCUGGGACUGGCAAGGGAGGGAAGGACACAAACGAAGGGAGAGAGAGACAGAUAUAGACAGAUGGACAGCAAGUAUUUAAACGAAACUGGUGCUUCCUGGUACAAACUGAAACUGGCUGUAUGGGUUCCAAUGUUUAUAUUUUUUUCUUUCAUAGUCCCCCAAGACGUGAAGACUAACAGAAAACGAAGGAUCCGCAGCGUCAGUGCUGUUACGGAAAACGGGAGGAGAGUUUUGAUACUUAUAUAUAUAAAACUAUUUUCGGUUUAUUAUUUUUUCGAGGGAACGGAAAAAAUAACAAGGCAGCAUUAGAUGUGGACGUGAAGAAGACACGUUAUAAUUUUAUACAGGUUUGGGUCUCGUGUACACACACACACACACACACACACACACACACACACACACACACACACACACACACGGCUGCACUAAAGGGUCUCUAUUUUAUACUGUAGUGUUCUGGAGGGCGAGUCUUUUCUACAUAGUGGCUUAAUAAGGGAGAGCGGUGUGGGAGAGGGAACUGAACUCUAAAUGGACCUAGUUUACGAAGCCCGGUAGCUAGGCGGUGUGUGCGGGGCCCUGAUAAGAGAGACAGGAGGGAGAAAGAGAGGAGAUAAAGACGAGAGAAGGAGGGGGAGAGAGAGAUAAAGAAUAGACAAGAGAGAGGGUUCAGUUUUUAUCACGUUGGUGCAUUACAAAACUCCAAAAAAAUGUCAUGAAAAUCGACGAAUAUAUAAAAAAUGACUUGCCACUCAUCUUAGCACAAAGUGAAAUGAAGUUACUAAUGAUUUUUCUCCUUUUCUGUGAUAUAAUGCGACACAAGAAUCAUCAUAAGUACAUUGAUUAGGCACUCGACAUUACGUAAACGAACUAUGCAUCAACGAACUCUUCUGACCCUCUCAUUACGAACUCUCUUCCUUCGGGGUCUUGCAUCACACGCUCGGUCGCAAAGAAACAAGAGCUAACAUUAACCACACACACAAGGGCUAUGGCCAAGCACAUCGCACCAUUCCAAACGAGAGGAACGGGAAAGUGGUUCUCCCUCACGCUGCACCCCAUACACCCUCGUAACCACCCCUUUAUCCACGUUAUCAAUGCAAGAGUACACGUCACCUCCCAUAAGCUUGCGGCCAAAUGCACCACUAACGUAGCUACACACCCGUCGAUGUUUACGUCUUGUCGGUCAAACGCUUCCCACGUCACGAGCAAGUUACCAAUUCUUAGGCUUCUGUGCUGCCCAAGUCGGCUUCGUCGGCGUUAGGUUAUUCAGAGUAACUUGGCAACUUCGCCCCGCCCACACCAGCUAGCUCAACCAAUAAGAGGAGGUCUUUCCCGGCAUCCACCAAUCACAUGCAUCCUCAGUUGGAGAAGGGGCGUGGCUUGCCUCUGGAUUGGUCAAUGAUAGAUGCUGGUGGGGAAAGGGGGAGGGGUUUAUUCGCCAAGUUAGUGUGAAUGGUGUUUAUUCUUAUAUAUAUAUAGUUCCUACGCCUCCCUCGGGUCCACUUCGUUUUCUCGUACCGUGAAUUACGACGACGGAUCCAUCACCAUCGUCAUCAUCAGCACCACCACAUGUACAUAUAUGGUCUCAUUUUCUCUUCAUUUGCUCAUCUCAUUUUAUCCUCCGUCAGCUGUAGAUCGCAUCAUCGUCAUCAUCAGCCAUAAACACCAGCCAUCUUUCGCGUUGUUUAUACCUUUCAUUUUCACUCUAUCACAUUCAAGGCGUCACGAUCGGUUGGGUGUUAGUCGGUCAUCAUAAUCAUCAUUCCAGUGCAAGCAAAACAAUAAAAGAUACGUUGGAAAUAAUUUAUAAGUCACGGAUAAAUAGUUCUCGAUUGGGCUAGUCGUUAGUCAAUUAUCAUUACCAUCAUCAUCAUCAUCAUUCCAGUGCAAGCAAGACAAAAAAGUUUCACGUUGGAAAUACUUUUAAGUCACGGAAAAAUAACUCGAUUGGGGUCGCCGCGAAAACAGCCCACUUUUUACAUUAUCUCGUUGGACAUUCUCUCAUUCCACACCUGUCCUUCCGUACCUGAGCGCCCGGAGGUAGAGAUAUUGGAGGUGAGCAGGGGAAGGGUGAGCCAAGGGGGGGGUAUGCAUAUUCGCUAAUACCUGCUUCUUGGCGUCUCAUCCUACCCAUUGCGAUGUUUUGUAUUACCUCGGGAGUGUGUUUUUUGAGGCUAAGGUUGGAUGGCUACUUCAUACACGCAUCAUCAGUGCAAAGACUUCAUUUUCUAGUUGUGUGGUUUUUAGUUCCCAUUCUUUUUAUUCGAUGUAUUUUUGCUCAUGUUUCGUUGUCAUGCUUCAUACCCGCGUCAUCAGUGCAAAACUCAUAACUCAUAAACUCACUUCAAAGUCUUGUUUACUGUUUUGUCAUUGUUAGUUUUCCAUCAUUAUGUUCCAUUGUGAGUGAUUUUUCAAUUGAUUUUUCUUCAACCCACCAUUAAAUUUCAUAACCUCAAUGCUAUGCUAUAAUUUUGUUUUGAUAUUACUGUUCGUUUUCCAUUAUUUCCUCGUCUGAGUGAUCUUUCAUUUGGUUUAUCCCUACCGUCAAAUUUCAUAACUUCAAUGCGAUGUUUACUGUUCUAUAUUAUUGUUCGGUUUUUCAUUAUUUCAUCGUGUCUGAGUCCUUUUUCAUUUGACUUUUCUGUACCGUUCAUUUGCUAUCUCGCUCUAUGGUUUCAAGUACACGUAAUGGCGUCUUCGUACGAUGUGACGUCAAUGGAUAUCUUUCCGAACACGUGAAACUGAUCAAAGGCAGCAAGGGUUAUCAUGCUUUUGUGUAAGGCAUUUUAUUUUUCUAUGUCCUUGUCUUAUCUCAUUCUGGUGAAGUGCCGUGAUUUACAUGUAUCAGCAGCUCGAGCAGUGUUUUUUGGUAUCGACUGCUCAUCAUGAAAUCCCCUACUCACGUCUGUCAUGGCGGGAAAUUAUGCCACGUAGGAGUUUGAUGGCCUUGAAAUUUGAUUGGUGCAGGUCUAUUGACAUGCUAACUUUUGGGUCUUAAUCAUCAUGAGGAGUAAAAGUCCACUGUCCUGUGAUUUUGUCAAGUAGGAAUUUGUGAUAGUGCUAAUUGGCUUUGAAAUUUGAUCAGUUCGGUUUUGUUGAUACGUAAACUUUGGGGCUAAAUCAUCAUUUCCUUCUGUUGUCUUUCAUCAGCAAAUGCCAACGUGUGAUUCCAUAUCCUGGCUGAUGAAUACCGUUUUAAUGCUCUCUUAUUGCCAUUCUGUUUUUCUUCACAACUUUCCCUUCACCAAAAAACUUUCAAAUCCUCGCUCAAUCUUGGUGAAACAAUUGUGAAUUCUUCCCUUCUUUCAGCUCACCAGCAUUACAAACUUGGUGACUUUAUAUUACUAGAUAGAGGAAUAGUUUACCAGUAUUUUUCACAACUUUCCCUUCACCGAAAAACUUUCAAAUCUCUGCUCAAUUUUGGUGAAACAAUUGUGAAUUCUUCCCUUCUCUAAUUUCACCAGCAUCACGAACUUGGUGGCUAGUCUUUUUAUAUUUCCAGAUAGACGAAUACUGUUUAAAAGUUGGGUCUAUAUAUAUCUUAACGAACAGACUGAAGACUAGAUUACUACUGUUUGAUGUUUUCUACGUUUGUUUCUUUAUUUUUCAUCACAUCCACUCAAGCAAAACUGUUACGCAUCACAUCACAGUCAUCACACAUCACCACCACCAUCAUCAUUAUCAUCACAACCUCGUCCUCACUGUCAUGUCCACGCUGUGCUUACGAAGGUCAUUGUCUGUCAUCCCUAUUAUCAUCUUGAGUCGUGUUGAUCAGUGAGUUGGUUGGUAAUACUGCAGAUGUGUGUCCUAGUGAAGCCUGCCAAUGUUAGGUCAAAGGUCACCGUGUCCUGACCCUGCCUAACCUGAUCUCUUGGCACACCUGCAUAAGACAAGAUUAGAGGGAUGAUUUACCUGUUAAUGAAUGAAGUAGAGUUUUGGUUAAGACAACAGGCAUGUGCUGUUACUAUUAUUACUACUACUACUAUUAUUAUUCCUUUUAAGUCUCGUGGUGAAGUUUAGGGUUAAGUUACUUUCUGUUUUUGUCUGUAAAUAAGGACAUAGGUGAUAAGAAUGUAAUAUAAGCUUUAUGAUGUAAGCUAACUUAGGUACGGUAACGAAUGGCUUCAAAACUGGACCCUACGAAGAAGAAGUCGAAGAUGAAGAAGAAGAAGGAGGAGGAGGAGGAGAUUAAACGCCACUGAUGGAAUUGUUAUACGUGAAAAUUAGUAACCUGUUUUUAAUGUUAUUUUUUUAUUGUGUUUCUUUGUUAGUGGUUUCAAAGGCGCCUCGUUACCGUGUCUAAGUGUGUAGAUACAUACUGUGAUACUGACUGAAUCUUACGGUUAAGAGAAAGACGGAAGCUACGCUCUAAACAUUCACUAUACGACCGCCCGGACAUACAUACAAACACAUACACUGCAACAUUCCGCCACCACUCUCUCUCUCUCUCUCUCUCUCUCUCUUACACUGGCUAUCUUUUCCUCCCACUUUUCUCAUUAAUUUAUUUCCUUCCUUCUUCCUACCUUACCUAUCUUUCUACCCUUACACUCUUAUCAUCGUCUUUUCUUCCCACUUCUCAUUCAGUUAAUUUAUUUUUCUUCCCGUCUUCCUAUUAACUUGUACGUAUAUACUGGUUUCCCUUCCUUUCUUCCUACCUCUAAUUUUUGACUUGUGGCUUCCCGUAAUACGCUCUCGGAGACAACAGUAGGCCGUUCUGUUCUUGUUUCGCACUUGUCGUAUCUAAUAGACUACCUAACGAGUAUAUCACACUGCCGGUAACAUGAACACUAAUGGAGGGAAGCGAGAUAGCCGAGGAUGUUUACCAGCUGGUCCCUAUAUGGCAGCACUGAGGGUCAUUUACAUUUCGGCUCCCAAGUACACAUUUCAUAAGGCUUUUCUUGUAGGAGUUAUAGGCCUUUCCAUGCGUAGUUUCGUGACCUUGGUGGUAGACUGACAAAGCUGUAACAUGAACGUAAAAAAAACACUCGUGAGAAUGCGAUUGAUUUCCCUUGUGGCCUUGGGAAAUAGUUUUGAGAGCCGAACCUGUCAGAGAAUGCGAGGCUAAUGUCGGUAGUCUUAAGUUUCCACCUCACAUCAACUAUUUCUAAAACCCGAUAAGGAGGUUAAUCGGGUUCUUACGAGUGUAUUUACGCAUUCACUGUGGAUCAAACUACCACCAGGGUCAUAAAACUACCCCUGGAAAGGCCCACGACUCCUAUGAAAGCCUUGUUAAAUAUGUGUUUGGACGAAGAAAUGUUGAAGAAUGACCCUGAGACAUCGGUUCAAUACAAGUGCUGCUCUCUAUAAUCUUCCAAAUAUGUCGAGGCCGGUCUGGCGUAGGCUCCCGCGGGUCCUUUCCUCCCCUCUUCUCUGCCACACAGUCCCAACACCUAUCUCAUCCUCUCGUAUGUAAGCUAUAGGUAACAUAUGAGAGGAAAAAAUAGGUCUUGGGAUUGUGUGGCAGAGCAGAGGGGAGAAAUGGACCCGCGGGAGCCAACGCCAAAACGGACUUGACAAUUUGGUUUCACUAUAGACCCGAGAAGUUUUGAGUUUCCUCCUACCGGGGAACAUUACGUAUCGUCGGUGUGGUUACGAUAGCAAAGACUGUAUAUCGUCGUUGAGGUUGUUCUGUUCGAUGCCACGAGUUUGAUUCUUGUGUGUGUUUUGUGUUUCUAUCGCUGGAAGGUUUAUUGUUUAGCUUUAGUCAUCUGGUUCUUUGUUUUUCGUCUAUUUUUCAACCAUUUGCUCAAGUAUUCCUUUUAUUUUUUACCCUACACGAAGGGGGAAAUAUAUGGUGAUUAUUUUUUUGUGGACUACUGACGAAAAAUGCGAUUGCAGAAAAAAAAGGUGAUAAAACAGGGAAAAAAUGUAAAAUUAUAGAUAACACGAAAAAUUAUUAUACUGUAAAUCGCGUUACUGUUUUUGUUUAUGUUUUCCCCAAAUAUAUUUUGUACUGAAGGCA